UCCUGGUAACAGCGAAAGCGUCUCUCGCGGACAAGAUGAAGUCGGGGAGCCCCGGAAGAUUCACAGCCGAAACGGUUCACGAUGCGCGAUAAAUCCUUCGUUCGCGUACUUUCAUAAAGCUUCGACAUAGCAUGCACAGACGCGAGCCCUUCACAAUAACACUGACACGCUGACAGCGAUAUCCGGCUAAGCGUCUUAAGGCUUGGGACGAUCCCUAAAGAGUCUGGAGAUGCCUUGCGCUGCGGAGAGAUGAGAGAGACCUCCUGAUAGCGGGUGAUUAGACGCCCAUACAGGCAUGGGGAAACUACAGAGCAAGUUUCGGCGGCGCUCGGACCUUUACAAGGCCAAAGAGGGGGCGGAGCUUGCACCCGUGCACCAGGUAGUGCAGUAUGAACCCGCUCACACGGAUGCCAUCAAUUGUGUGGUAAGCCUGACCUCUGACCUGUGCGUGUCAGGAGGGCAUGACCAGGCUGUUGUUGUCUACGACUGGAGAGCUGGAAAACUGUGUAAAUCGUUCCAGGGCCACAGCAGAGAGAUUACAAAGUUAUGUUGUUUUAAAGGUAGUUCCUUGAUCUUCAGCGCGUCCCGUGAUAAGACGGUGCUGAUGUGGGAUUUGGGUCGAGAUACAGAACCCACCCAGGAGUUUUGUGGCCAUGAGCUCGUAGUUAACGGAGUAGCGGUAGGCCCAGAUGGCUCAAAGCUGUGCACAGGCUCUCGUGAUAACUCCAUGCGCCUCUGGGACAUCGAGUCCGGAGAAUGCCUGCAGAAAAACACGAUCUCCCGUAACCUGGUAACUCAUCUGUGCUGGGUACCGGGAAGCACAUCUAUCGUCCAAACCUCAGAAGACAAAACUAUCAGGGUGUGGGAUAGCCGUACCUGGCAGGUCACUAACACAUUUCCGGCAAAGCAGUAUAUCCAGACACACUGUGACAUCAGCUCCAACUGUUACCACCUGCUGUCGUCCAGUAAUGGCUUCGGCGGUCAGGGUUGCGAAGCCACGCUGUGGGACCUCAGGCAGCCUGGCUGUAAGGUGACCGAGUACAGAGGACACCUGCAGACCACCGCAUGCUGCGUGUUUGUGCCUCCCCGUCCCGGAUGUCCUGCCCUGGUGGCGUCAUCGUCGUAUGACAGCUCAGUAAAAAUUUGGGACCAGAACACUGCAGCAUGUUUGUACACAUUAACUCUGGACGGUUCAGGGCCUUUGGUGUCUCUGGCUCCGUGUGACUCCAGCAGUCUCCUGUGUGCCAGUUUUAACACAGGACUGCACCAGCUGCAUCUAGAUCAGGGAGCAGUGCCCAGCCUCACUGAAGUGGCUCGCUUCUAACGUCCAUCUGGACCACCUGGAAAAUCACACUGAUGAGUUAAAAUGAGCAAAUUUAAUAACUGGAACUCCUGGGAAUGAGAAUGUACACUGCAUUUCCAAAGUACUGUACGUGGGCACCAUAUACUCGUUAAAUAAAUAGGUCAUCCAAAAAUGACUAUUUGCUAAAAAUGUACUUGUCUAAAGCCAUCCAAGUAAACACUCACCAAUGGAUCUUCUUUAGUGAAUGGGUGCCGUCAAAAUCAGUCCAUACAGCUGAUAAAAACCACUCCAGUCUGUCAGUUAAUGACUUGAUUAGUUUUUGCUUUCGUCAGGUGUUUGGACGGCACCCAUUUACUGCAGAGGGUCCACUGGUGAGCAAGUCAUGUAAUGCUGAAUUUCUCUAAAUCUGUUAUGAUAAAGAUACAAGGGUGAGUAAAGGUUCUAUUUAUGGGGUGAACUAUUUCUUUAACAAGUUGGCCAAUAGGAGCAUAAACGAUUCGAAAUGUUCCAACAUUGUCCGCGUAUUUGUCGUGCACCGUCGUCUGAAUACACAAACCAAGGGUGUAAAAACAUAAUUAAUAUACCUAAAGCAGAGAGACCAUGUAAGUGGCUGUGAAACUUCUGCAGAUAUUAUUUGCAAUAUGGCUUAAUUCAGGGGUUAAAAUAAUCUGAUAAAAGAUGGGUGCUGUUUUUUUGUCUGUGUGUGUGUGUGUGUGUGUGUGUGUGUGUGUGUGUUACUGUGUAAAAUGUAUAAAUGACACUCAACUUGAAUAUGUUUUCGGAAGCCAGGAGUGUAAAGAGCCGGAGUAAUUGUACUCAUACUGUAUGUUAACGUAUUAUUUUACAAAGUUAUGCUUAAUUGUACAAGACUUAAUAAUUAGCGCGCUUAAAUCCCUACAAUGUUUAAAUACAUAAAAAUGAUUGUGGUUUAAAACAUUUAAAAAAUAUAUUGUGUGUGUCUUACUAUAUAGCUUGCUGAGCUAAAAAAAAAAAAGCCAGUGAAAUAAUUUUUUACACACAUCUACUUUUCUUAGAAUUUUCGAAACUGCCAAAUCCAUUUAACUGUGAAAAAUAAGUGGGCACAACAACAUUUAACAUUGUGAAGAAUUUGAUUAUAAUAAAACCAAUUUAAGAUGUGCAGACUUGACUUUAGAUAAACGGAGUUUCUGGUAUUUAAUGCUUAACUGCAAUUAAAUGUGGACUCCUUUUUAUACAUUCUCACAAAUAUAUUUUCAGCUGGAUACUUUAACAUGCCCGUACUCUACCUUGAGUAUAAUUUCCCCUAUACUUGUUGCACUCCUGCUGGAGACCUUUUAUUUGUACUUUUCAUUAAGUAAUUAGGUCAAAAUGAUUCACUGCCAAGAGCGUUCAUACAGAAUGCACAAAGAUGUGAAAUCUCAGUCUCUUCCUCUCCCUCUACACACACACACACACACACACACGCACACUGACAGUUGCAUUCACACAGACUCAGGGUUUGGCAACAUGGGAAGCUGAAUCAUUUUUCACAUAGAAGCUGCUAGAGUUUACAGAAACACACACAUAAACACAUUCAAACAUUUAUGUAGACAGCUUGGUCUUGUGUUUCACACACAGGGAGCAUCUUUUGAGAUUAUUUUGUUAAUACAAAAACAGCAGAUUGUCCCAGAAACAGAUGAUCAGAUGAUCAGAUGAUAGAGAAUGUUAAAAUAAGUGAUGCAAUGUGUUUUUUGUGAUUGUUGUAUUUUAAAAUAUAUUUUUUUUCUUGAUAAUUAGGACUGUCGUUCCAGAAUAAAAAUAUUGCGUUUUUUUGUGAUGCCAACAUGGCAAUGUUGAUUUGACAUGUAAUGAGAACGUUUAAUGUUUUUUUUCCACAAAUAUACCAACCAAAGACUGUUUUGUUUUAUGUCUUUUAUUAUUGCAUAAAUAUACAGCGACCCCCAAAAAGCGUUUGUACACUUAAAGUCACUCUUAAAACUGCUAGAAUAUCAUUGCAUUAGAUAAUAAAAUCAAAGCAACUGCUGCUAGUGUUUUUCUCAAAACAAACUGCAUUUUAUUUAUUUUUAUUUUAUAUAAUGUUGUACUUGUUUUUGUUAUAUUCAUGUUUUUAUUGUAUGCAUUUAUUUUAUUAUUUAAAUUGAAUUCAUUAAAAAAAUAUUGUCCUAUGUUAGGGGGGCAUUGAAUUAUAUUAUUUUAUUUUAUUAUUUUAGCUUAGUAUCUUGGAAUCAGCGGAUAUUUUGGUCAUUUAAAUGUAAUUUGAUCAGAUCGAAUGCAUGAAAUUUAGCAUUUUUCAACAGCUUGCUUCAAUACUACAUUUCGCUGUGUAACGCAAUGACAAGAAAUAUAUUUUAAAGUGUCCAAAUACUUUUUGCAGCCGCUAUCUAACAUUCAGAGACUUUUGAUGAACAAACCCAGCAAGGACAUGCAUGUAUUAUGGAAUGUUGUUUUAACGAUACAAAAAGAUGUGAAGGUUACGCUGAUGCUCUUAUUUGACUAUUAUGUAAAUGCUGAGGUGUGGAGUUAUCAAUUUAAAGGAAAUGUUUAUGUAUUUGCACGUUGUGUGAAUAAAUGAAUUCAACUGAAUGAAGCCAGCACCAUUUUUGGCUCUUUUUGCAUACAGUCACAGCAGGAAAUGGAAACAUACGUGAAAUAAUACGUGUAGCUUGAGCUUUGUUUACGAGUAAGAGUAUAAAGAGCAUUUGCAUCAACAGAACCAAACCUUUUCCCUUUCGGUAUUGAUAAAAUGUUUUUGGUGUUUUUUUUUCAAAAUAUCACCUUAAAAUGAUAAGAACAUGUUUGCAUUAACAGAACUGUAACAAAAUGUUCUUUUGAGCAGAAUUUCUUGAUAUGCAGCAUAUAUC